AUGCGAAAGACUAUGGAACUAAUCAUUUCCUGCUCAGAGGGUUCUUUACAGUUUGUUUGCGGUUUUGGUGUACCAGUUGAAGAAUUACAGUUCGAGACUGUUCUUACGGGUAUUGUCUUCAAGAGUACACAUAUAUUACCGUCGACAGUGUUCGCUUUAAGAAAUCACACUACACAUCCCAUUACAGAACCCUAUAAAAUAAGAACAAAUGUAUCUAAAAAUUUCGAUUUCUUUGACAUGAAGAGAGAAUAUAAGAAUUCAAAUCUAAAUUAUAUAUCAAAAUAUGCAAAGUAUCGUUGGUUAAUUUAUAAAGUUUUGGAGAAAUUUUCAGAGAAUUAUGGAUAUGCAGGAAGAACUUGUGUUUUAAGAACGAUUUGUGAAGCGGCAGAUGCACCAUUUCAUUAUGGCAGUGGACUUUUAAGUGAAAUACUACAUAUAAUACUAACACCCUCUACAUCUGCUGACGAACUAACAACACACGCCGACAAUGAAUACUACCACGCAGAACAGAUAGGUCGAUUGGGUGGUCCAUGUAAUGAGAUUUUUAAGGAAUGUACCAAAUCAAUUUUAACACAAUUUUCACAAGUCUUCCAUUUUUCAUAG